CGCCAGUCUGUCCAUAUCCACCACAAUGUCGCUCCGCGCCGCGCCCUCGACGGGCUUCCUUCAGUCAUUUCUCGCUGUCGCAUCAGCUUCUCUCCGCCCUGCUGGACCUGCAAGGAGCUUCCUGCCUCUCGGCGCUCGAUCAUGGCCCGCCCCUCUACUGCCUUCGAUCGUCAUUCCCAUCCCUGGCCUUGUCUCGGAUAUCUGGGAGUCCAUCCUUAAGGCUGUACCGAAAAAGAAGACAUCACACAUGAAGAAGCGUCACAGACAGAUGGCUGGCAAGGGUCUCAAGGAUGUCACUUCGCUCAACAAGUGCUCUGGCUGUGGAAGAGUCAAGCGCGCACAUUACUUGUGCCCUCACUGCGUUAUGAGCAUCAAGAAGUGGUUCAGCAACGACUUCAGCCCCAGAAGGGAAAAGACCGAGUGGGAGAAGAAGGACCAGGAGAAGAGAAUGGACCAGAGAAAGCACAAGGUCGACGAGAUCAAGGCCGAGGAGAGCAAGAUUGACGAGACGGACAUUGUCGACAGAAAGUAGAAGGAUUGAAGAGGAAGACGGAGAGUUGUAUACCUGUAUAGUUGUGGACAAGGCGUUGUAAAAAGGACAUGGGCAUUUGCAGGUGUUUAUACUUGGGAAGGGCAAAGAAGAACAACACGACGUCGAGAGUAUCGCGCGUGGCACGA